AUGUCUAGUUUCGACGCACAACAAUUGAAUUUUCCGGAUGGACUUGAGUUGGCAGAUCCAACUUUCAAUGUACCGGGUCCGGUGAAUAUCCUGAUUGGUUCCGGACUGUGCUUCAAAUUGCUGAAACAUGGUCAACUUGAUCUGGAGGAUUAUUUACCAGCUGUACAAAAAACGCAUCUCGGCUGGUUAGUCAGCGGGGUAGUGCCGACCACUCACACCAACGUUGGUCGUGCUCUGUGUAUGAUGGUUACCGAAGACGACGUCGGCAAGUUACUGCAGAGAUUUUGGCAUUUUGAUUCGUACGAUGAUUGCGUAGCUAGAGAAGGCUCAUCCGAUGAUAUAUGUGUGUCUCAUUUCAUGGAGACGUACAAACGGAACGAAGAUGGUAGAUAUGUAGUGCGUUUGCCGUUCAACGACCUGAAGACACAAAUUGGAGAAUCGCGCUCCAUGGCGGAGAAGCGUUUCCUAGCAGUUGAGCGACGUUUGGAUAGAGAUCCAUUAUUGAAGGCACAAUAUGCUGCUUUCAUUCGAGAAUACGAGGAGCUAGGUCAUAUGGUCGAAGUGAUUCCAGAGGCAGACGAAGACGCUUCGGAUACAUUCUACCUGCCGCACCAUUGUGUCUUGAAGCCAUCUACCACCACAACAAAACUGCGAGUUGUGUUCGAUGGUUCAGCGGAGUCGUCUAGUGGUGUGUCAAUCAAUCAAGCGAUGAUGGUCGGUCCGACUGUUCAGAAUGACUUCAUCUCCAUACUGUUACAAUUUCGAUCCCAUCGAUACGCUAUAAGCGCGGAUAUACCUAAAAUGUAUAGACAAGUGUACGUACAUAACGAUGACACCAGUUUCCAAAGAAUUGUUUGGAGAGAAAACCGGGACCAACCACUGAAAACGUAUGCAUUACAGACGGUAACAUACGGUCUUGCAUCAUCACCCUUCCUUGCAACGAUGGCACUUCGGCAGCUUGCCGAAGACGACGGUGCCAAGUUUCCGCUAGCGGCGGAGGCGGUCAAGAAGACGUUUUAUAUCGACGACAUGCUGACGGGAGCAGACACCCUGGAGGAAAGUGCUGACUUGCUUCGACAAGUGCUUGGACUAUUAAAGGCUGGCGGAUUCAACGCUCAUAAGAUUUGCUCCAACUCGAACGAGCUCGUGAAAAUGGCUGUUCGCUGA